UUUUGACAUACAACUAAUCCAGAAAUUGUUUAACUGAACGGUGCUCAAGCCGUCGAAAUUCAGUAUACAAAUUUAACUAGUCAAUUUUUUAUUGUUGAUAAUGGAUGAUCGAAGUGAAAUAGCUCAAGAUGGUCCCGCUGGCAUGGACCCCGAGGGCGUCAUCGAGUCGACCUGGCAUGAGGUCUACGAUAAUUUCGAUGACAUGAACUUGCGCGAGGAGCUGCUGCGCGGCAUCUAUGGCUACGGUUUCGAGAAGCCAUCGGCCAUUCAACAGCGCGCUAUCAUUCCUUGCGUCAAGGGUCGCGAUGUCAUUGCCCAGGCCCAGUCCGGUACUGGCAAGACUGCCACCUUCUCGAUUGCCAUCCUUCAGCAAAUCGACACGUCCAUGCGCGAAUGUCAGGCUUUGAUCCUGGCACCAACUCGCGAAUUGGCCACCCAAAUUCAGCGUGUGGUUAUGGCACUUGGUGAGUACAUGAAGGUGCAUUCGCAUGCCUGCAUUGGCGGCACCAAUGUGCGCGAGGAUGCUCGCAUUUUGGAGUCCGGUUGCCACGUGGUAGUUGGCACACCCGGUCGUGUCUAUGACAUGAUCAAUCGCAAGGUGCUGCGCACGCAGUCCAUCAAGCUGUUCGUACUGGAUGAGGCCGAUGAGAUGUUGUCGCGCGGCUUCAAAGAUCAAAUCCAGGAUGUAUUCAAGAUGCUGCCGCCGGAUGUCCAGGUGAUCUUGCUGUCUGCCACCAUGCCACCAGAUGUACUCGAAGUGAGCCGUUGCUUUAUGCGUGAGCCAGUUAGCAUUCUGGUUAAGAAGGAGGAGUUGACACUCGAGGGUAUCAAGCAGUUCUAUGUGAACGUUAAGCAGGAGAACUGGAAGUUGGGCACACUGUGCGAUCUGUACGAUACGCUGUCCAUUACCCAGUCGGUUAUCUUCUGUAAUACCCGUCGCAAGGUCGAUCAGCUUACCCAGGAGAUGUCUAACCACAACUUUACCGUGUCGGCCAUGCAUGGUGACAUGGAUCAACGCGAUCGUGAGGUUAUCAUGAAACAAUUCCGUUCGGGCUCUUCCCGUGUUCUGAUUACAACCGAUUUAUUGGCGCGUGGCAUUGAUGUGCAGCAGGUGUCGUUGGUCAUCAACUAUGAUCUGCCCUCGAAUCGCGAGAACUAUAUUCAUAGAAUCGGUCGCGGUGGUCGUUUCGGUCGCAAGGGUGUUGCGAUCAACUUCAUCACAGAUGAUGAUCGACGAAUCCUUAAGGAUAUUGAACAAUUCUAUCACACUACUAUUGAGGAAAUGCCUGCUAAUAUUGCCGAUUUGAUUUAAAUAUUUUGUUGAGCAUAAAAAAAAAAAAUAAUAAUAAUAAAUACAAGAAAAAUAAACAAGAAAAAGUGAGUGAGCUACAGCAAAAGAGUUGCGAAAAAAAA